CUUAACUCGGUUAACUCAAUUGAUUUUGGAAACAAUAAUUCUCCAACCUUUCUACGCCACUUUCGUCUUGUUCGCAUAUUAGCAGCUUUCUACCAAGAUGAAGUACAAAUCGCCCCAGGUAGAGAGCGAAACCGACGCAGCUGAUGCCCCCAAGCGCAAGCUCGAUCAGAGAGACCCUGACAUUGGCACCGGUGAAGGAAGCCUCGAGGUAGAAAAGGAGCAGCCGCCUACCAAAGCGUCCAAGUCAGGUGCAAACACUGUUGAAGAAGAUGACGAGGUUCAGGAGGAUUCGGGGUAUAAGGACGAAGAAUUUGAGGAAGAGGACGAGGAAGAUAAUGAGGAAUUCGAUGAAGAGGAAGAAUAUGAUGAGGCAGAUGACGAGAACGUCGACUUUGUGAAAGAGCAAGGUGGUGAAGAAGAAGAGGACCAGGAUGCAGAAGGCGAGGAAGACGAUGAAGGAGAAGCAAAAGAAAGGGUCUCAAGCAAGCCCAAACUGCAAAAGGUCGUCAAGGAAUUUGGUCGCCCACCCUUGUAUGGGACCGAAAUCGCAGAGGGACGCCUGGAGAGCUCCCCGGAUACACUACUUGCUAUGGUUAUGGACGCGAUGCUGAAAUCGCGUCCUAUCUCGCACGACCUGACACAGCGCGCAGUCAAUAAGCUUAUCGAGGUCGGGUAUCAUGAUAUACGGAAAUUAGGGGAGAGCAGCUGGGAGGAGAGAACAAUGGUCCUCAAGGACGGGGGAUACAAUCGCUAUCGAGAGCAAGGUGCAACGAAUCUAGGCGAUUUGGCAGAGUUCGUCAAUGAGAAGUACGAUGGAGAUCUUAACAACCUCCUGAAGAAAGCUCAUAAUGACCGAGACGAAACGAGAAAGUUGAUAAAGGAGAUCAAAGGACUAGGCGACCUGGGCGUAGAUCUCUUUUUCAACAAUGCCCAGGCUGUGUGGCCUUCCAUUGCACCUUUUAUUGAUGGGCGCAGUUUGGAAACUGCUGAUAAUGUCGGCCUUGGUACGGACCUGGACGCUAUCUACGCCGACCUAGGACGCGACUCGAUGAGUAUGAGCCGACUAGCCAAUGGAUUAUCGGCUGUCAGACUGGAGAAGAGGCAAGGAGAUCUCAUGGCGAUUUGAACGGCUAGUGCAGGGCCGUUUUGCUCUGGUACAUAAUUGGGAGUCCGUCAGGCAUCUGUUUAAAGCAAAGUAUGCCCGUCAACAGCUGUCAUACCUGGACAGAUCGUAGCUGCCUGUCAGAUAUGACGUAUGAGUUGCCCUCGUGAUCAAUGAAGUCUACACAUGUCUUUCAGAGACAGUGGACAGACCAAAAAAAAUAGUAUGAGAUUCGUCGAGUGCAUCUAGCUCCUUCCCCUGGCCUCAAUGCCGCAUAGUAGCUCCUUUGUAGAAUCA